CCGAAUACAGUACCGGUAUAAAAUAGUGCAGUUCGUUAAUACUCGUAUCACACGAGAUCGCUGUUACGAUUUUCACAAUUUAUUAAAGUUAUGUGCGACUGCACAAAAAUCUUUGGUGUAACUUAAAUUUAUAUAUAUUUGAAACUUUUUAAAGUGAAACUAACUUUUGCUUCGGUAGUAAGAUAGCCUGUGUGUGAACUAUGGUGAUUUUAGUUACUUUGGAAGUGCUGGAUAAUAAAUUUAUGUAAACUAUUAAAUAAUUGCUGACAGCUAUUUUUAAGCAAGAGAUUAUUAUAGAACUUUUUGAAAAUGUACUAAAUUUAAAGAUCGCGAUAGUAAUAUAAUCAAUGAGUAAGAAGCCGAAAGUGAAAGUGGCAAAUUAUGGGAGAGGGGUUUCUUUAGAACGCCUGUAACGUACUACUGCACCGAUGAGGCUUGUGAAUCAUGAGUGCUUGGUGCUGCAUCGUGAUCAUGAUGUCCACGAUCAGUACGAGCGUGCUGUCACCAGCGCCACAGAAGACUGAAGCUAAAGAAGCCUAUGAUCGUCACUACUGGUACGCUCAAGCACAAGAAACUUUGCAAAAACGACUUCAGUACGCGUCUGAUAAAAAUCCUGUUGCUAAGAACAUCAUCUUAGUAGUGGGAGACGGUAUGAGCUUGACUACUACAACAGCAGCCAGGAUUCUCAGGGGACAGCGAAGAGGACAAUCUGGUGAAGACACCGACCUUGUAUGGGACACGUUUCCUGCUGUUGCGCUGGCUAAGACUUAUAAUCUGGACGCACAGACUGGCGAAUCCUCUGCGUGUGCUACUGCUCUGUUAUGCGGAGUAAAAGCACGAUACGAAACAUUAGGCUUGGACGCUGGAGGUCGGUUCAAUAACUGUGCUUCUACCAUAGACUCUAAAGUCACUUCGCUAAUCGAUUGGGCUCAUGAAGCUGGUAAAUCUAGUGGUAUAGUGACUACUGCAAGAGUCACACACGCUACUCCUGCAGCUUUAUACGCACACGCUCCCUCAAGGUAUUGGGAGGAUGACAGUAGAGUACCACCAAAUGUAAGAAAGGAUUGCAAGGAUAUUGCAAUGCAGUUAGUGGAAAACGAACCUGGGAAGCAUAUAAAUGUAAUUAUGGGUGGAGGUAGGCGACAUUUUCUACCAACCAUAACUCCAGAUCCCGAACAUCCAAACCGCGAAGGCAGGAGAUUAGAUGGACGAAACCUUGCCGAAGAUUGGGCCAGAGAAAAGAAGAGGCGGCGGUUACGUGCACAGUACAUACAUUCACGUGAACAGCUAGCCAAGUUGGAUCCAAGAUCCGUGGACUACUUGUUAGGUUUAUUUGAAUAUUCUCAUAUGGAAUUUAAUGCGGAGCGUGGUGCGGUAGCGGAUGCGGAAGAGGGCACGUCUGCCGGAACAUCGGUUAAAGCUGAUGACCCAUCCUUGGCGGAUAUGACUCGCGCUGCAUUGUCGAUAUUGCUGAAAAAUGAAAAGGGAUUUUUUUUACUAAUUGAAGGUGGUCGCAUAGACCAUGCUCAUCAUUAUAAUAAUCCGUACAGAGCUUUGGAUGAAACUCUAGAGUUGGAAACGGCUCUUUUGGCUGCUUUAGAAAAGGUUAAUCCCACUGAAACUCUAAUAGUGGUCACAGCUGAUCACGGACAUGUCAUGACUUUUGGUGGCCAAGCUACACCCAGGGGCCAUCCAGUGCUAGGUGCGGAUACAGUGGCUUCUGAUAUCGAUGGGUUGCGGUACACGACGCUUCUCUAUGGUACCGGACCAGGCCAUUCUGAACCAAGGGCUUUACCAGUGAAUUCAACAACUUUGUCCCCUGAUGCAGUACACGCCUCUGCAGUACCAAGACAAUGGGCCACGCACGGGGGAGAAGACGUACCAAUUUAUGCCCUAGGACCAAUGGCAACAAUAUUAUUCGCUGGAGUUGUAGAACAAAGCUAUAUCCCACACGCCAUAGCAUACGCUGCAUGCUUUGCACACCAAUCAAGACGAUGUCAAGUAAAGACAAACUUCACACAGACACCGGUGAAACUUCCCAACUGCGUACCGCCUGAAGUAAGUAGUGUUUCCGCUGCGGAUGAAACAAGAAGUGAUGGUUCAAACGGUCGACGGAUCGUAAUCGCUUCAAGCGUCAUGUCAGAUGAGCGAGCAUCUCGCUCUACGGCUGCGUUUUUCGCUCAGCGUAUCACGUUGAGCUGUCUUAUACCAAGCUUGUUUCAUUUCAUAUCGUACUUUUACUUGUCAUUUAUAAUUCAGUGACAGUUUUACAUCACACCACAAAUUUGAUUAAUUUAUGACAUUGUAAUAUCAACUAUUAAAACUAUCUUUAGUACUGUUUCAGUUGUUAAAUUAAUUUUUAUUUGGUAAUAUCACUAUAAUUACUUUAGAUACACAAUUUUAACAUAAUUAUAUGAUUAUUUUGUGUAUAAUAAUUAUAUGUACAGGGAACGAAUUUAGAUGCGCCUGGUGUUACUGUAAAUAGUUAUUGUGUAAAUAAAUACAAAAUUAUUAAUAAAAUAUUUUGUUUUUAUUUCAUUUACCAAAACUAAAUAGACUGAUUUAUAUCUAUUCUGUUAUUAAUUAAUUAAUAGAGA